AAAGGGUGUAUUAUCUUAAAUGCAUCUUAUCGGACCGUAUCUAAAUUUAUUAUAUCUGAAAAUAAAGUGAACAAAAUAUGACCUCAAUUAAUACUGUAUUCCUUUUCCAUAUAGAAUUUCCUCGAUCGAAAGAAUAACGUUAAUCCCAUACCAUACAAACUCUACUUGAGCUGUCAUCAUAAUCAAUUAAUAAAUUCCCAAAACCCUUUAAAAACCCAUUGCCAAAAAUAUUCGGACACCAGUAUUCCAGAACCUUCCCACGAGGGCAAAACCGUUAAAUCAUACACAAACCCAACUUCUACAACCUUCCAAUUUCUGGGCUAUUUAUUCUCUCGUAACACCCCUAUUUUUCUAUCAAAUUCUCUAUCAAAAAAACAAAAAAAAAAAAAAAAACCCGAAGAAAAAAAAAAAACAAAAAAAAAAAUCCUUCUUACGAUUCGUUUCAAAAAGAAAAUUCCUAUAUGCAGAUCGAUUAAAAGAUGGAGAACAUGAUGAACAGCCACCAAGCAGAAACCCCGACAUUCUGCGCAAAAGGCUGCGGAUUCUUCGGAACAGCGGCGACAAUGAAUAUGUGUUCAAAGUGUUACCGUGACCACCGUCUCAAGGAGGACCAAUCCGUGACCGUUAGAGCCGUCGUUGAAAAAUCGUUAUCGUCGACAUCUUUGUUGAUACAUGAAUCUGUAAGUGGGGAACCGAAACAGAAGUCCGAUGAUGCUUCGGUGUCGGUGUCGGUGUCGGCGGAGAAGGAGGCAGAGAGUUCGACAAAGGCGGCGAAUAGGUGUAUGAGUUGUAACAAGAAGGUUGGAGUUGUCGGGUUUAAGUGUAAGUGUGGGUCCACUUUCUGUGGGUCCCAUAGGUUCCCUGAAGAACAUAGUUGUACAUACGAUUUUAAGGUUGCUGGUGAAGUUGUCAUCGCUAAACAAAAUCCUAAGGUUGUUGCUGCUAAGUUGCGCAAGAUCUGAAUUUUUAGAUUUUUUUUUUUAGAUUUUAUGAUUUAUUAGAUUAACACUUGUUUGAUUAUUUUGAUUGGUGAUUAGUUUUUAUAAAUAAAGAAAAUUUUAGAGAUUUAGUAUUUUUAUGUUGA